UGAUCGCUCCUGGAGGGGGGAGGGAGGACUUGAGAGAGGACGGCGUGAGCACUGUGACCAUGAGAAGGUUCUCCGUCCACAGCUCUGUUUGAAAUGUAUUUGAUGCGGUAAUAUUUGCAUCGACUAAAGCGCAUUUAGAUACAACUCCCACGGGAAGGUUUGCUGGAUCGUCGGAAGCCGGGUCGUGAUGGAUCCACUGUUGCCAACCGACACGGGUGUGAUGGACAGAGAGGAAGACAAGGACGCCAAGAGGAAGAUCCAGUUCUCUGUGCCUUCUGGAGUGCCCACCCAGCUGGACCCCCGACAGGUGGAAAUGAUUCGACGUCGGAGGCCAACACCUGCCACACUCUUCCGGCUAACAGACCCCCCAUCACCAGAGGACGAUGGAGGACCACAACAGUGGAUGCUCAGGGAAAACGGCCUUCUCAAAGGAAAACUGGUCAACAUGUCGUCGUACCAGCCUCCUUCUCUCAAAGCUGUACAGAGAAUUGCCCAGGCCCACCUGUCCUCAAUAGACAUGACCUCCAUGGACAAAGAAGACACCUCAUCUGAAGAAGAAGUGGGUGAAGACAAUGGACAAGUCCAGCUGACAUCGACAGCAGAUCAAAAAGAAAGAGAACCUUUUGGAGAUCUGUCGUCCGACAGUUUGACAGGAAGCUGUGAUCUCAGCAGUCACCAGGCAACUGAAGAUGAUGCAGAGGACAGUAAGGAAGAAGAGGGUGAAUGAUUUCUGCCCGAGUAACCAGAGACUGAUGCGAAGGAAGAACACAAGCACAUGCUAUAUGUGUAUGAAUUAUAGGGGCUCAUGGGUUAUUUUACAAUAGUGACAUUGCUCAAUUUUACAUAAUCUAACCUAAUAUUUCAUGAUAAUGUUUUCAUUUUUAAAUGAUAAACAGACUUACUACUUGCUACAAGUGGCCGCUUUGGAGUAGUCUGAACUUUUUCAUAAAUCGUCAUCUCUCCUAACUCUGCAGCUAGUGUCAUAUUGGGAUGAUUUUUGACUUUGACCAGGACUCAGAAUGUAAGGGACUGGCAUACGGUGCAUUGAAGACACAAGAGUUCAGCUGUCAUCCAAACCUGGCUGACAAAACUCACAGCAGACUUCUACUGUCACCACACAGAGUCCUCAGGCAAUGGAAAACUAGAUCAUUCAUCAGAUAUUCUAAAUUCAUACACGGAACUCCUGCAAAGAGAUGUGUGCCCGGGUGGCUUGAGUGUAUCUCCGCAUGAGGACAUUUAAAGAGUGUUGAAGAGUUAAAGAACUUUCCGCUUUGCAAACAUCAUGGAAUGCAUUUUUCAACGUUUGGCGACAUUGAUUCCUUUUAACUGGUUGUAGGCAGUGGUGGGAAAUUGUGUAUUGUAAUGUUCAAACGAGUGUGGUGGAAGUCCAAAACAAAAUUAAACUAUGCCAAGACACACUUCCAGAAAUCAGUGAAGUCAGUGGUGCGAUGGUGAAUCAUGACUGAUGAAUGUGUGCACAUACCUUUUCAUGAUGUUUUGGGACAGAACAUUUUAGCUGUUAAGAAAAGAUGUACAUAGAUGCUCUUGUUUCUACUCUACUUACCUCCAAAUGUGUUGAGGUUAAACUGAUGAUUGAAGCAUAUGUUGGUGUGAGUUUGAUGACUGAUGACCCAUUGGGACCCCCUGUACGUAUUGCUAAACUCUGUGUGUACAUUUUUGUUACCAAGACUAAUAGCAGGGCUUGAGAAUAAAAGCACAUAUACGCCAGCACUCACUAACUGACACCAUGUUCAAUUAACAGAAAAUAGUUCAGAAUUUAGGCCAUGUUUUAUUUUUAAUGAGCAAGCGAAAGAAAAAAUGGGUUUAAGCAAAGAGAUGAGACUUGUUGGCAGAGAAAGUAACUAACCUUUUUUUCCUUUAUUAAACAAACAUUAACAACUUGGGAGCUUUUACGUUAACCUAUGAAGCGAUUGUUCUCCUGAUUUCAUAGAUGAACUAUUCCUUGUUGGUGCUUGUUGAUAAUAAAAGGACUCUUGACUGAAACUGGAGUGGUUUGCUAUCGGUGCAAAUUCUGUGUUAAUGUAUGUAUUUAAUGUAUUUCCUUUUUAAUGUUGUCUGCUGUAACACUUUUAGUUCAGCAUGGAGAGGGUAAGUGACUUGUUAUAAUGGUGCUCUUGGGUUGUAUGACACAAACACGGUUACAGAAUAGAAAGAUGGAGUUGGACGCAGGGGAGGCUGAAAUGUGGUUGGUAAUGGAAAAUAAAGUGGAUUUAAAAAUAAAAAUCAACAAAAGGAUUAAGAAGAUUUGUGCCACGAUGGAAGCUGACCAAAGCUAGUGAUUUCAUAAAAGCCAGAAUACAGUGUAAUCACACAGAAGACGGAAAACAUAAUAUGUGGUCGACACAACUAAAGGACAUGUUUGACAUGAUAGAAUAGUAGGACGAGCCCCUGUCUUAAAUCUGCCUCGUACAGUCACAGGACGUUUACUGUUACGAAAACUCGUGUGACUCGAGCUAAGCCGAUGCUAGUUGAGACGCUUAUUACAUUUUUAUUCCAUGCAGUUUAUGACUAAUGUGAUCCAUUUGGAACAAAUGUAAGAAAAAGGCAAUGUAGGUA